AUGAAGUGGGUUUGGACCGGUUGGAACGAGUCGUUUUUCAGCACCGUAGAGCGGAUCAACCUCGCUUUCAGGCGAUUCAGGUUGCACGGCGGGGAUGUGUCUCCGGUGAAGAUGCCUCAUAAACGGUGUGAAGUCAAAUUUGCUGGACAAUGCUUUCCUGCUUCUCAAAGUGUGGUGAGAAAGAGAGAGAUGAACUGUGUUGCUUCUGUGCUUUAA